GCUUUUUUUGGGGGGGGGACAUCAGAGGGACCUAUGGUAUCUUUCCACUUUAAUUUCCCCAUUCCUCCCCUUUUUCCCAUUACUCCCCUUUUUCCCCAAUUCCUCCCCUCUUCCCGAUUUCCCCCCAAAUCGGUCCAGGACCAGCUCCUCUUCUGCGACGACUGCGACCGCGGCUACCACAUGUACUGCCUCACGCCCCCCAUGUCGGAGCCCCCCGAGGGGAGCUGGAGCUGCCACCUGUGUCUGGACCUGCUGAAGGAGAAAGCCUCCAUCUACCAGAACCAGAACAACUCCUGAUGCCCUCACUUUUCCCUUUUUCCCCCCCCCCUUUUUUUUUUCCUUUUUUUUUUCAUUUUUUUCCCCCAAUUUGGGGUUGGUUUAGGCUUUUUUUCUGUUGUUUUUU